AUGCCUUCAAGAAGAAUUUCUUUAUGGAUUGUUUUUAUGAUUAUUACACAGUCAAUUGGAGAAGAUACACAAUCAGUUCUAAUGACUGUAAUGAAUGGGUGGAAAUUUCAAUGUGCUAAUACAACAUGUUUACCAUUCGUUAAUGUCAUUACGUUGACUAUUAUGAAGUGUCAAAUGGCUUGUUUAGUUCAAAUUUAUUGCAGAGCAGCCAGUUUUCAUCAAUUAACUUCUAACUGUGAAUUAUUUUCUGAUAUAUCAAAUGAUAUUGCAAAUAUGCUGACUGAUACCGACAUUACUACUGUGAUUGUUAUUGCUGGAACACGCUCUCCACUUGAACCGACUACAACAUCAACAAUAACAACUAUUACUACCACAACAACAACAAGAUCAACACCUACAUCAACAACAACUACCAUCUCUACUACUAUCACAAUAACAACUGCAACAACCACCACAACAACUACCACCUCUACUACAAUAACAACCACAACCACCUCUACUACUACCACAACAAAAACAACUACCACCACCUCUACUACUACCACGGCAACAACCACAACCACCUCUACUACUACCACAACAACAACCACAACAACAUCAACAGCAACAACUACUACAACAACAACUACCACCUCUACUACUACCACAACUACAACUACAACAACCACUACCACCACCACAACUACAAUAACCACCACCACUACCACGACAACAACUACUACAACAACCACCACAACAACAUCAACAACUACUACAACAACUACAACAACAACAACAACAACAACAACAACAUCAACAUCAACAACUACUACAACAACAACAUCUACCUCGACAACUACCAUAGCAAAUCCAUGUAUAUCUGGUAACUUACUGUGGAAUAGAACUGGUAUUACUGUACUUAAAUCAGUAACAUCACCAAUAGGCACCACUGGUAUAUUUCUUGACUCAAAUGAUAAUUUAUAUGCUGUAGAUGAGAUCAAUUCCGUUGUAUAUAAACUAGUAAAAAAUGCUGUAAAUGCAACAAUUGUUGCUGGAACUUUUGGAUCAGCAGGAACGAGUAGUACUCAAUUAAGUGGUCCUAAUGAUGUUUAUGUUGAUAGAUCUGGAAAUAUAUAUGUAACUGAGGUUAACAAUAAUCGCGUACAAAAGUUUACUAGUGGAUCAAACAUGGGCAUAACGAUUUCUGGCUUCUCUAAUGGAUCAGCUGGAUCUGCAUUAAAUCAAUUUAUUUGGGCACGAUAUCUUACUUUUGAUUCAACAGAAACAUCUAUGUAUGUUGUUGAUGAGAUGAAUCAUCGAAUUAUGCAUUAUUCAACAAGUUCAACUUCAGGUGCUAAUGGAAAUCUUGCAGCUGGUGGAACUGGGGCUAACAAUACAAAUACAGCAUUGAACGAGCCAUGGGGUGUUCAUUUUUUACCAUCUAUAAGUAAUGACUUAUUUAUAACAAAUGCUGGUGGACAUUCAGUUAUACAUUGGACUCCUGGUGCUUCAUCAGGCAGUUUCAUUGCUGGUGUACCUGGUGCACCAGGUUCUGAUUCAACUCACUUAAAUACUCCGAUAGGAAUUAGGAUUGAUAAUCAUAUGAAUAUGUAUGUAGUUGAUAGUGGUAACAGUAGGAUUCAGUUGUUCUGUGCCAAUACUAGUAUUGGUUUUACCAUCGCUGGUAAUGGCAGUGCAGGUAGUGGUGCAACGCAAUUAAGCGGUCCACGAGGUAUUGCAUUUGAUUCAGCAAUGAAUAUGUAUAUUGGUGAUACAGGAAAUAAUCGAAUUCAAAAAUUUAUGAAACUGUGA